AUGGCUUCUGCUUACGCUAACUUGUUACCUGUCAAUGGCAGAUGGAAACAACAAAUCACCGACUAUUUAACUGAAGAUGUGCCUUCCUUUGAUUUUGGAGCAUUUGUUGUUGGAGACAAGGUGGAAACUGCUUCGUUGUAUAUGAAGCAAGCGGGUUUGAUCUGUGGGGUUCCUUUUGCUGCCGAAGUUUUCAAGCAAACUGAAUUAGAGGUUAUUUGGCACUACAAGGAGGGUCAGUAUAUCAACAAUGAUGACUUGAAAGCUGAAGGUGGUAAGAUCGUUGUUGCUACUGUUAAGGGUCCAGCCAAUAAGAUCUUAUUGGCCGAAAGAACAGCUUUGAAUCUACUUGCCAGAGCUUCGGGCAUUGCUACCCAAUCUUACAUCACCAAGAAAUUGGCAGAUGAAAGUGGCUACACUGGUUUAAUUGCCGGAACAAGAAAAACAACUCCUGGCUUGAGACAUCUUGAGAAAUAUUCUAUGCUUGUUGGGGGUGUAGACACUCAUAGGUACGACUUGAGUUCUAUGGUCAUGUUAAAGGAUAACCACAUCACUUCCACAGGAAGUAUUACGAAGGCUGUUAAGAGUGCUAGAUCCGUAUGUGGUUUCGCAGUCAAGGUCGAAGUAGAAGUUAGCACUGAAGAUGAUGCUCGUGAAGCAAUUGAUGCUGGAGCAGACGUUAUCAUGUUAGAUAAUUUUUCUGGUGCUGAAUUGCAAAAGGUUGCACAUAACUUGAAGAGCUACUAUAAGGACUCCCAGAAGUCAUACUUAUUGGAAUGCUCUGGUGGUUUGACCUUACAUAACUUGAGCAGCUUCUUGUGUAAUGAUAUCGACAUCUACUCCACAUCUUCUAUCCACCAGGGUACUGGCAUUGUUGAUUUCUCCUUGAAGAUUAAUGCCAACUAA